AGACUUUCUGAAGAGGUGGAGAUACUGAGAGACUCACCAGAAAAGGUCCCCUGAGCCAGCCUGGGGAUUCAGUCCUUUUCCUGCUCCUGUUCGCCAUGGACCUGCCUUCCUCUCCAAAGUGCCACCCUCACUCAACUCCAAAGAAGUCAAGAGCCAAGACAACAUGGAUGCCCCAAUAACAGACGAUUUUCCUCCAACCCUGCCCAUUGAGCAACUCUGCUCCAUUCAUGUCAGCAAUGAGUAUGUGGAACGGCCUGCCAUCUCCUGCCAACAGACCCUCUCCAGCUCUUCCCUUGCCCAGCAGGCCCACAAGUCCGAUUGGUCCCUGUCUACUAUACCCUCUGAUCUGCCUCGAAGUCUCAGCCAGUGCCACCAGCUUCAGCUGUUGCCUCAGCAUCUGAGUCAACCCAGCCUUGCCAGCUCCAUAUCCCACACCACCAUCACCUCCGACCAAAGGCUUCUGACCAGCAUCACUCCAUCGCCCUCAGAUCACUCCCUCAUCUGUACCCAGCCUCAAGCAGGGGCUUUGAAAGUAGAAGAGUCUCAGAAAGGUGCAGCAGAGAAGCUGUCCCUCCAUACUGGUGGGCACCUUUUCAUUUGUGAAGAGUGUGGCCGUUGCAAGUGCAUCCGCUGCACAGCCACACGCACCCUGCCCUCCUGCUGGCUCUGUAAGCAGCGCUGCCUCUGCUCCCCAGAGAGUCUCCUUGACUACAGCACGUGCCUCUGCUGCGUCAAGGGUAUCUUUUACCACUGUUCCACUGACGACGAAGACAACUGUGCUGAUGAGCCCUGCUCCUGUGGGCCUGGCUCCUGCUGUGCCCGCUGGGCAGCCAUGAGCCUCCUGUCACUGGUCAUGCCUUGCCUGUGCUUGUACCCUCCAGCCCGAGGAUGCCUCAAGCUGUGCCAGCAAGGCUAUGACGGCCUACGGAGGCCAGGAUGCCGAUGCAAGAGUCACACCAACACCGUUUGCAGGAAGAUCUCCUCUUCCAGUGGAGCCGCCUUCCCCAGGGCCAUGGAGAAGCCGGUGUAAAUGCCUUGCAGCCUUCACCCAGCCCCUUCUCUCCCCCUCACCCUUCACUCUGUAGGAAGGAAGGGUGGGGGUCAGAGAAACCAACCAGCCAGGACUCAAGGGCUCGCCCCCAUCAAUCCUGCCAUGCCAUGGGGCUGGCCAAGUGCAUCUUGAGUCCGAGGCAGCUUGUCCUUCCCUCACUGGCUCUCUGUACCCCCCCACUCCUCCCUUAGCUUCCCCACCCCCCACUUACCUCUCAACUUUUUCUGCCCCAAAGCAAAAAAUAAAUUAAAAAUCAGAUGAUCCAAAGACAUGGGACUUGCACAUUGAAGACAAAUUGAGCCAGCUUCUGGCCAUAUGCCCAUGGCCUCCUCAGCACUGUGUGGCAAGCAGGAGGCUCCCUGACAUGGCCUUCUUCCACACCAGACUCAUUUCCCCAGUGCCUUCGGGGGCUUUCUCCUGAGACGAGAUGGCUUUCAAAGAGUAACAUGGGGCCACACAGCAAGCAUCCAGGGAGUACCUAAUCUAAUUGUUCUUUCUUCAUCCCUUCUUCCUCUCUCUUGGUCCUUGCCUUUCUCAUUCUUUCUCUUCAUCACCUGCACUCCACUCUCUCAUUUUCAACUUGCCCCAUCAUCCUCUCCUUUUUCCCUUCUUCUUCCAUCUCCUCCCUGCUCUUUCAUCUGCUCCCCCUGCAUUUCUCUUUAUCCCCCUUUAUCCUACAUCCCUUUUCCCAUCUCUCAUCUUCUCUCUAUCCUUUUAUUCUUUCCCUUGCCCCUACCUCAUUCUUCAUCUCUUGCCAGUUCCCUAAUCCCCUCCCUUACUCCAUUUCAUCCCUCAUCUCUUGAUUUUUCCUUUAUCCCCUCACUCUCCCUCAUUCACUCUCUCAUACCUCAUCCCCCCCUCAUUCCACAUUUCCUUCUCCAUCCCUCAAUCCCUCCAUGCGCCCUCAUCUCCUCCCAGUUCCCUAAUCCCUUGUCUUCUCCCUUACCCAACCUGAUUCCUCAUCCCCUCCCUGAUCCUUUACCCUCUCAUUGACUUUUCCAUCCCCUUCCUUUUCCCACAUCUCCUUUGCCACCCCUUGUCCCAGCCCAACACCUUCAGCCCUCCUCCUUCCUCCCCCAUCUCCUCAUUGCCUCCCUGCUCCCUCCCCCACCUCUUCCUCAUGCUUUCUUCCCUCCCAGCCUCUUUCUCUAGCACCUUCAGGAGUGGGGUUUUCCCAAAUGCCUUCCCUCUGCUUUCUUCCCCUUGCUGUGCUAUUACCCAGUUGUACAAAAAAAAAGGAUUCAUGUGAUAUAUUAACCAAGAAGCCUGCCUGAAACCCAGAUGUGUGAGUGUGUGUGUGUGUGUAUAUGCACUGCACCCACCAUACCCACACAUCUCAAGGCAUUAUGGGAUCAGGAUCAAGUAAUCCAGGCUUGGUCAGCUGGAGUCUUGUCCUUUUCCCCCCCAAACACAAUGGCCUUGGGCAGUAAAGGGUGGAACAUAUAGCCCUUCCCUAAAUACUAAUAGCCCUAAGACUGCAUGAUUCAUGUUCUGUGGAUGUAAUUAUAAAACCACAGAACUUAGGGCUGAAAAGGACUUUAAAGAUCUUGCAACCCAUUAGACAGACGAGGAAACAGAGCCCCAGAAAGGGGACAUAGCAUGCCCAAGGUCGCCCGGGACAAUUGUGAUAGAGCUGGGAUGAGGACAUGGAUUUCCAUUCUCCCGGACCGGUGCUGUUUCCUAGCACCACAUGAGGCAUCUUCUCACCUGGCGCCCCUGUUAGCAGGGGCAAAAUACAGCCUCUACUUAUCUACUGUUCAAGAACCAGGGAGAAGUGAGUCAAUGAUCACUGUCCAAUGUCUGUUGGAUACCUAUCCAUUUAUGAAGUGUUAAGUGUCACUCGUGGGCAGCCCUAUUGGCAGGGCCAAGGUUGCAGCUCAUUGGUACAGUAGCUUAGAAGGA